AACUUUCUUGUUCGAAGAAACUUCCAAAAGCAAAAAUGGCGUUUGUUUUCACUUUAAUCUUCAGAUUGAGAGCAGAACAGAAGAGAACAGACCAACUGUAAAUUCAACUGUGGAUUAUAAUUCGUUUCCUAACUGACUUCCCACUUCAUCAUCGAUCAUUCCCAUUUAGCUCAAAAAAGUCGAAACGCAACUUCAAAUCGCCAUCAUUACCAUCCCAACCCACCCACCCACCCACCAACAAAAAUAAUUUCAAUUCAAAUUCAUUCCAUCGCCAUUUCCAAUUCACCACAAUUAUUGCUCCAAUCUUCUUCCCCCAACAGUUUUCGCGAUUUUUUUUUUUUUUUUUUCAAUUUUAUAUGGAUCCCCUUCUUCGCCCCCACCAAAUCAGUUAUGGCAAAAAGUAGAACCCUCAGAAGAACAGCACCCGCAUUGUUGCAAUGGGGAAGACGGAGGAUGACGAAGGCUUACCGAGUACAGCAUCUAAUGCGCAGGGUACAACCCGGGGAUGGCCGGCCUGGAAAAUUAGGGUUCAUAAUUUUGUGGAUUUCAGAUGUGCUUUCGUUCUGUUGCUUGCUGUUGCAGUUACUCUUUCUGCUGUCUUUUGGCUGCCAUUUUUCCACCCCGAUGAAUAUCAGAAAGCUCUGGAUCUCGAUUACGCAGUAACACCGGCAUUCGAACUCCGGCCAGGUCGCGACAUCGUGGCGAGCUUUAUGCUGCGACAGCCGGCGUCGACAUUGGAAGACCGUAUCCUUCAACUCGAAGGCGACAUCUUCGACGAAAUGAGCUUCUCGACGGUUAAAGUGGAGAUAAUAUCGCUAGAAUCAGCUUCGGUUCGACCAAAUGUUACGAAGGUUGUGUUUGCAGUGGAAGCAGACGAGACGGCGCAAAGUCUAAUCCGAGCGUCGUUUACGUUUUUGAUCACCCGCCAGUCGUUUCUCCGGUUGGGUUCGUCGUUGUUUGGGAUGCCGUUUUCCUUCGAGGUUCUUAAGUUCCGCGGAGGGAUCACGGCAAUCCCUGACCAGAAGGCGUUCCUCGUCCAAAACGUACAGAUACUUUUCAACUUCACGCUGAAUUCCUCAAUCGACGAGAUACUCGACAAUUUCGACGUGCUCCGGAGCGAGCUCAAGAGCGGGUUGAUUCUCUCGCCGUACGAGAACUUGUACAUACGGCUGACGAAUCGGAGGGGCUCGUCCGUCGCUCCGCCCACGACUGUCCAGUCGCAAGUUCUUUUAGCUGUGGGGAUUAAUCCGUCGAAGACGAGGCUAAAGCAAUUGGCGCAAACGAUCACCGACUCGUACGGUAAGAAUCUCGGUCUGAAUAACAGCGUGUUCGGACGGGUCAAGCAAGUCCAGCUUUCGUCGAUACUCCAACACUCCCUCGGCGGCGGUGGAAAUAGUUCGUCUCUGUCUCCGUCGCCAUUGCCGUCGCCUUCCCCGUCGACUCUGCCGCCAGCUCAGCACCGUGGUACCCGUCUCGCUCCGAACCAUCCUCCGUCGCCGUUGCCUGCUCCGGGACGGGAUAGUCCCGGAGCGCCGCCACCUUGCCCUUUCGAACAUAGUUACCAGUUUCCACGCAACCACGAUAAGCAUUUUCAUGCUGCUCCGGUUUACGCCCCGGCUUCCCGUCCCCCGAAAGUGUCUCCGGUUCCUGCAGCAAGCCAUCGAUCAAAAGAUCGAAUUCAAGUGAGGCCACCGGUUGCAAUGCGAAGGGCUUCACCGGCACCAUCUCCAUGUGAGUAUACGAUGCUUUUCUCGACAGUUUAGCCUCGGCAACUACCUUUUCCAAUGUACGGGGUUGGAGCCUCCCGACAUUCCUACUAAUUGUAUUGCUUUUGUAGCAGCCGAGAGAAAGGGAGAAUCGUCAUUUUUUUGGGGGCAACAUGCUGCCUAAGUAAUAACUAAGUUCUUCUACAAAUGGUGUAGCCGUACAAAGGAGCAUUACAAAAUCGAAGGAAUGAAUUUUGAUGCCGGAAGGGCAUGCCUCGCCAAGCGAGUACAUAUAUAAGUAAUUUAUCGUGUUCUUGUAUAUAGGUGGCUAAAUGCAUCGGGGUCAAAGUCACGUAGGUGACAGGCCCGCGAUGGUAUGGAUACAUUGUAAGAUCUCCUCUCCGAGAAGGGGACAACGAUAAUUUAAGAACUUUUUGUUUUCGUUUCUAA